AUGACGGCUGUAUCGCCCUUGCCGCCCGACGGUCACCUCGCUCUGCGCCCUGCCUGGAUAAAGUUGGACGCGUUCGAUCGCUUUCGGGCCGAAGCAACACCGUCGUGGGUCCUGUCCAUCCUGCUUCUGACUCCGAUCCCGUGUUUCCUCGUCAACCUGACCAUCGAGAGUAUUCCGCUGGCUGACCCCGCCAAAGGAUACCGAGAUUCUCUCCACUUCCAGCUACGAACAAAUCCGGACAAUAUCGUGGAAGUUUGUCCUCGGACACAGCAAGGUUACGUCAGGAUGGGGAUUGCAAACAUUGCCGCCAUCGCUUGUGGGGCGCCUGUUUUUCCAGUGCCAUUCACUCAGAUCGUCCCUGUCGGCUCGAUGGGCGCCUUUGGUGGUGUAUCCUGUCUUCACUGGCGUGUCGGACACCUUUACCACGUGCUCUUCACGGCCAUGUGCCUUCAGAUCGCCAAGUCGCUCGAAACACUGGCAGCGGGAAUUGUCGUGAACGUGUGUCAAAUGCUGCUCAACUACCGAGACAUUCUCAAGGAUGCACAGGGCCAAGUCCGAGCUUCGAGCGUUCAAGACUGUGGUAUCGGACGACAAUGUAUCUGCGGUGCUGAAUUUAGCCCAGCAAGACCCGCUACUCGGGAUUCUCCAUCGGAGUUUGCCGCCUCGGACAUUUUCCACCUCAAGCAGCACUGCUCCGUUUGA